AUGCUCUCCAUCAUCGGCAUCGGCGACGACGGCCUCAACGCGGCGUCGGCCGCCGUGCGCGAACGAAUCGCCGCCGCCCAGGUAUUGCUCGGCGACGAACGGGCGCUCGCGCUGCUCGGCGAGGGCGCGACGGCCAAGCGGGUCCCGCUCAGCGGCGACCUUGAGCAGCUCGCCACGCAGGUCGAGCAGAUCGGCGGCCAGCAGGCGGCGCUCGUCGUCUUUGGCGACCCGAUGUUCUACGGCCUCGCCCGCUUCCUGACCGACCGCUUCGGCAAGGACCACUUCGAGGUCCUGCCGCACGUCAGCAGCAUGCAGCUCGCGUUCGCCCGGGUCAUGGAGAGCUGGGACGAGGCGUACCUGACCGAUCUGGCGACCCACCCGCUCGGGUCGGUGAUCGAGAAGGUCCGCACCGCGCAGAAGGUCGGUCUCUUCACGAACGACGAAACGGGCCCCGCGGAGGUAGCCCGCGCGCUGCUCGAUCGCAAGAUCGACUACUUCAACGCCUACGUCUGCGAGAACCUCGGCGCCCGCGACGAACGCGUCACCCAGGGCGAGCUGUCGGCGAUCGCCGACGGGGCGUUCCCCGGCCUCAGCGUAAUGAUCCUCAUCCGCGACCCCGACGCGCCCGACCGCCCGCGCGACGCGGUCGGCCGCCGCUUGUUCGGCAACCCGGACGACGCGUUCCUGCAGGCGAAGCCGAAGCAGGGCCUGCUCACGCCGGCCGAGGUGCGUUCGCUCGCGCUGGCGCAGCUCGAUAUCGCGCCGGGCAGCAUCGUCUGGGACGUUGGAGCGGGCUCUGGCUCGGUGAGCGUCGAGGCGGCGCAGAUCGCCCGCGACGGCGCCGUUUACGCGAUCGAGAUGGACCCCGAGGACCACGGCCUGAUCCAAGAGAACUGCGAGCGAUUCGCCGUCGCGAACGUGAUCCCGGUCCUCGGCAAGGCGCCCGAGGCGUGGGACAAGCUCCCCGAGCCCGACUGCGUGUUCAUCGCCGGCGCGGGCCGCGAGGUGACGCGUCUCGCGGAGCUGGCUUACGCCCGGCUGCGCCCCGGCGGCCGGUUGGUAGUGAACCUCAUCAGCAUCGACCACAUCGCCGACGCCCGCGCCGCGCUCACCGCGGCGGCCGACGGCGAGCCGAACCUCGGCGCUGAAGCCGAAUUUCCUGCUCGCGGCGGUGAAGGGGUGACGACGGUGCUCACGUCAUCGCUUCUUGGCAGCGUUCCCGAAGCAGGUUUCGCGGGAAUGCGGCUCCUCUUCUACCUCAUUGCUUCACCGAUCGUGGCUCUGGGCUACGCCGUUGGAGUGUUGCUGGGGUCACUUGGGGGGCGAAAGAUCUUGAUGCGAGCGUACCCGCAUCACACGGAUCGACGGCCGUACCGAGUUUCUUGUCUGCUCCUCACGAUCCUCGCGUUUGUAUUUGCGGCGCUCCAGGCGGUAGCUGGGUCGUUUUCCAGUUGGGUAGUCGUCGCGGCACAGCCGGUGGCGGCUGCUUGCACAGCCUUUCUCUACUACGGGAUAUGCAGCUGCGUCGUCGCCUGGUACGCCUUCGAUGGGUAA